AUGUCCAACCCCCUCGACCAGCCAGUCACAGACACCCCCCUCGCAUCCCCAUCCCCAUCCCCUCCUGCAGCCACCCCCACCCCGGCCCAGGAGCAGGAGCAAAAGCAAGAGACACCCCUCGCCAUCGAAGAUGGCUCCCACCAGCCUGCCGAUCCUCAGGGAGAAGAAGUAGGGGAGGUGCACAGACUCGACUUGGGAGGCGGAAAUGUAGUCAAGCUGGACAAAUUGGGUCCUAUGAUUAUCAACUCUGACGGUACCUUGUCGAGAAUACAAAACUGGCAAGACCUCCAUCCGGUCGAACAAGAACGUACAGUGAGAUUACUGGUAAAGAAACGUAACCUCGUGCGAUUGAAGAACCUCAAUGAGGCUGAGCAAGCCGCUGGAGGUGGUGGCGAGGAGCUGAGUGCUCUGAAAGACCAAGCGUAA